GCCCGGAGGAAGUGCGGCUAACGCACAGCAUUCUGGGGCCGGAAGUGGGGCCCACGCUGCGGGCUUGCAGUAAUGGCGGCGGCGCGGGGUAGAAAGCGGCGCCUGGCAGAACUGACGGUGGACGAGUUCUUGGCUUCGGGCUUUGAUUCUGAGUCUGAGUCGGAGCCCGAAGGAGCCCCAGAAGUAGAGACGCGGGCCGCGUGUGGAGCCGACCGGAGCCUGGAUGGGCUGGGCGGGAGCCCCUGGUCCAGCCGGCGGAAAGGUCGAGCAUCUGAGCAUAAGGACCAGCUCUCACGGCUGAAGGACAAAGACCCUGAGUUCUACAAGUUCCUGCAGGAGAACGACCAGAGCCUGCUGAACUUUAGUGAUUCAGACACCACUGAGGAUGAAGAAGAACAGCUCCACUCUCUGCCAGACACGCUGGAAGAAGCAAGUGUGGAGGAGGAAGAUGCAGAUGAGGAUGGAGUCCCUGGAGGGCUGAAGGGGAAGAAAAGGGAUUCUGUUCCCGUGACCCUUGCAAUGGUUGAGAGGUGGAAGCAGGCAGCAAAGCAGCACCUCACUCCAAAGCUGUUCCACGAAGUUGUGCAGGCAUUCCGAGCUGCUGUGGUCACCACCCAAGGAGACCAGGAAGGUGCUGAAGCCAGCAGAUUCCAGGUCACGGACAGUGCUGUGUUCAACGCCCUGGUCACCUUCUGCAUCAGAGAUCUCUUUGGCUAUCUCCAGAAGUUGCUGUUUGGAAAAGCCACCAAGGACAGUAGUAGGGUGCUGCAGCCGUCCAGCAGCCUACUGUGGGGGAAGCUCCGGCUGGACAUCAGGGUUUACCUGAGCUCAGUUAUACAGCUGGUGGCCUGCAUAACGGAGACGACGGUAGCGGCAGCUGUGCUCCAGCACAUCAGCAGCUCUGUGCUGUACUACUUGACCUUUCCGAAGCAGUGCCGCAUGCUGCUCAAGAGGAUGGUGGUCCUGUGGAGUACAGGUGAAGAGACAUUGCGUGUACUGGCCUUCCUGGUCCUCGUCAGGGUCUGCCGGCACAAGAAGGAAGUCUUCCUGAGUCCCAUCCUCAAGCAAAUGUACAUCACAUACGUGAGGAACUGCAAAUUCACCUCCCCCAGCACCCUGCCCUUCAUCAACUUCAUGCAGCGGACCCUGAUCGAGCUGCUUGCCCUGGACACUGGCAUUGCCUAUCAGCACGCCUUCCUCUAUAUCCGCCAGCUUGCCAUCCAUCUGCGUAAUGCCAUGACCACACGCAAGAAGGAGACCUACCAGUCCGUGUACAACUGGCAAUUCGUGCACUGCCUCUACCUCUGGUGCCGCGCUCUCAGCACUGUCUGCCCGAGUGAAGCUCUCCAGCCCUUGAUCUAUCCCCUCUCCCAAGUGGUAAUUGGCUGCAUCAAGCUGGUCCCCACUGCCCGCUUCUAUCCCCUGCGCAUGCACUGUGUACGCGCUCUGACGUUGCUCUCGGAGAGCACUGGCACCUUCAUCCCAGUGCUGCCCUUCAUACUGGAGGUUUUCCAGCAGGUCGACUUCAACAGGAGGCCAGGGCGCAUGAGCUCCAAGCCCAUCAACUUCAUGGUGAUCCUGAAGCUGUCCAAAGUCAACCUGCAGGAGAAGGCAUACCGGGAUGGCCUGGUGGAGCAGCUGUAUGACCUCAUCCUGGAGUACCUGCACAGCCAGGCCCACAGCAUUGCAUUCCCUGAACUAGCACUGCCUGCCGUGCUGCAGCUGAAAUCCUUCCUCCGUGAGUGCAAGGUGGCCAACUACUGCAGGCAGCUGCGCCAGCUGCUGGAGAAGGUGCAGGAAAAUGCGGAGUACAUCUGCAGCCGCCGCCAGGGGGCCUCCUUCAGUGUGGCUGACCUGCAUGCAGUGGAUACCUGGGAGAAGCAGACCCGAGAGGAGGGAACCCCUCUCACCAAAUACUACAACCAGUGGCGGAAGCUGAGGGAGCGAGAGAUCCAGCUGGAGAUCAGUGGCAAAGAGCGGCUGGAAGAUUUGAACUUGCCAGUGAUAAAGCGGCGGAAGGUGGGAGACCGUAAGAAUGAAGACAGAGUGGAAUUUAAAGACCUCUUUGAUCUGCACAGUGAUGAGGAAGAUAGUACUGUGGACUUCUCAGAGAGAGGGAAGCCUGGGUCCCCAGGAGCUUGGCAGAGGGUAAAGGAGGAGGAGGAGGAGGAAGAGGAAGAAGAUGAGGAAGAUGAAGAAGAUGGCAGCUGUAGCAGCCAAGAAGUCAGCAGUUCAAAAGAUGGAAGCCCAGACACAGAGGUGGGCCUGGAUGACCAGGAUCUGUGGCGGCUGGCCCAGGGACCAGAGGAUGAGUUGCAGGAUCUCCAGCUGUCUGAGGAGGACUGAGGGGUGCCAGCCUGGGGACCUGUGGGAACUGCUGUGCAGUGUUCCUACCUCAUCAGGCAGUCGGGGGGGAAUGUGGCUUCUUGGCUGGCCCAGAGGUCAGGCAGGACGCGUGCCAUGGGGUAAGGGCAGUAGAUGGUGGAUGGGGCUGUUUUUACAACAUGAAAGAGCAGAAAGUACUGAACCCUGUGCAGAUCCCUGGAGGGGUGGCUAUGGGGAUAGAAACCAGCACUGUAGAAUCUGUCUACCACUGCACCCCACAGUUGAGAGAAGCUGGAGUGGGACCCUGCCCUAACCUCUCACCCAAUGGCAGGCUGCUGAAACCCUGGAGAAGAGCAGUCCCAGUCCCAGACAGAGCUAAUAGGCAAGGCCAAGGCCAGGGUGGCCUGACAUGCCUCCUCUCCUUCCUAUGUCAUUCUUUGGUUUUUGUCUGCAGGUACCCAGGAUGCAGAGUUCCCCGGGCUCUCUGUACCUGGCUCUACUGCCACCCCCAGAAAGUUCUAGAAAUUUUUCCUCUUAAGUCA